AUGAGGUUCUUUAAUCGUGGUGGAAAGAAGGACGAUAAAAACAAGAACAACGGUUCUACAACCACAACACCAGAUAAUAGCAGUGGUACCACUACUACAAAUGGAGGUCGUUCUGGUUCUACCACUCAAACACCUCCAAUUUCAACUGGAAUACAAGAUUCAACAGUGAGUGGUAGUCCUACUUCAAUGACUCCAACCUCCACUGUUGGUUCUGGUUCUUCUUCUUCAAAUGGUGGAGAAAAUUCACCAGCUACAGUAGCAGUAGUAGAAGGCUCUGGUGUCAAUGUAAAAUCACUCAUCACCAAGACCUUGACCUCUCUACAGGAAAUUUGGGAUAUUCACGGAGAGUUUUUGACUGUAACAGCAGAUGAAGAAGAUACUAAACAAAAACUUUCAAAAUUGACAAAAUCAGAAAUUAGAAAACACAUUGAUUUAUUAAUUGGUAAGAGAGAAGAGUGGAGUUCUGAGAGUGAUGAAGCUUUUGCCUAUCGAUACAAUAUUAGAAAGGCUCACGUUAUGAGUGAAAACAAAUCUAUAGAAAGAGGUGAUUUACUUCCACCUGUUUAUUUAACCUCUGAUACUACUUUUGAUCCGAGUAUUAAAUUCUUUUGUAAAGUAAAUUUAGUUGGAGACAAUUUCCAAAGAAUGGUUGAUUGUGAACCAUAUUCCUCUGCUGACGAUUUUGCCGAGUUGUUUAUUAACAAGAUUAACAAGUCACAUCUCUUGAAUAGAAGAAAGGAAGACUGGAUUUUUAAAGCUACUGGUACAUCUGAAUAUAUUUAUGGUAAUCAAAGAAUGAUUGAUUUUGAAGUGAUUAGAAGAUGUUUGAAACGUGGUAUUAAUCGUGUCCAACUAAACCUCAUGGACAAGGAAACUGUCUUGAAAGAAUUGGAUCCAUAUGAUAUGAAUUUGAGGACAACUGAAUAUGAUUUUGAUUUUAAGAGAACUCCAAGAUAUUCCAUGGAUGAUCAUGAAAGAUUCAAAAAGAUUCAAAAAGAUAUUAGAGGAAACAAGAAGCACAUCUUUUUGCAUUACAAUAGAUUCAAAGGAGUGCAAACAUAUAGUAGUUAUACAGAAGAUGAAUUUUCUAAAAACAGCUCUUCAACAAUUUUGGAUGACGAUGAAUGGAUUAGUAAGAUUGAUCAAACUGAUAAUAAUCACAAUUUGACACAAGCAAAUCUCACAAUGAGAGAUUCUUUAUUCAGGACUGAAGAAUUAAUUAGAGAUAAGAAGGCAUUCACAUUGUGGGAUAUUCAUCGUCCAUUCCGUCUUAAAAUUGUUGGACUUGAUAAUAUUCCACUCUCAGAAGAUAGAGCUAUUUACAUUACUGCUCAAGUUUUUUUAGGUGGAAUGCCGUUGACAAAUUGUCGUAUUACAAAGUGUGUAAUCCAAAAUAGAAAUCCACGCUUUAAUCAAUAUAUUACCUUCCCUGAAUUGUACAUUUCUGAACUCCCUCGAGAAGCUAAAAUUUGCAUUACAGCUUUUAGCAAACCAUACGUCCAAAAUGAUCCACACUUAAUUGUAUCAAAUAGAUCACCAACCAUUCAAGAUAUGACAAAACUUGCUAGUAGUACCAUCAAGAAGGGUGUUAUUACUGGUAAUGAAACACUCCAAAUUAAUACAGCAAAUACUCAACUUCAACUAGGAACAUCUCCAUCAAUGAUUUCAAAUCCAACUGAAAUUAUUGAUAUUGAUCAAUCUUCAGCUGCUUCUUCCAGUUUCUUGAACGGAGAUGAAGAAGAUAUUCUCGAACAUGAACAAGAACAAGGAGAAGGUGGUAAAAAAUCCAAGAAGGAUAAGACAAAUGUUCCUGUAGCUGGUAUGAAUUUCCAAUUAUUCAACUUUUGUGGAACUCUCAAACAAGGUGUUUAUUGUCUCAAAGUGGAACCAAAUAGAGAAGCCAAACCAAUCAUGACAAGUGGUGAAUCUAAGGAUAGCAAGAUUUCAAUGACUUUCAGUUUGGACGAAUAUCUGUUACCUAUUGUUUAUCCUGAUGAUGAAGAUAGUUUCUCUUCUAUAGUCACUACAGAUCAAACUAAUACUUCUUUCUCUGACACUCUCAACAGUCUUAAACAAACAAAGGACCAAUUGACAAGAUCACUUUCAACAACUGAAGGUGGAAUGUCAUUCAAUCCUCUUACUCAACCAAGAAAAACUCAAAUUCAAAACACAGGAGAACAAUCAAAACCAGUUGCUCCAAAUAGAUUCAAGAAGCAUUUACCAGAAAUAUUUAUCAAGAGAUUUGAAGAAUAUGUUGCCAAGAAGAAUAGUGAAAGUUUACCUCCAGGUAUUGCUGAAAAGAAAUUAGAAAAAGUUUUGAAUUAUGAUCCACUCAAGACACUCAACUCUGAAGAACGUUGGUUGUGUUUCCUCAAUAGAGACAAACUUAUUGCCAAACCAAAGGCUCUCUCCAAGUUCUUGCUUUCUGUACCUUGGAAGUUCCCUGAAGCAAGAUUGAUUGCCAAGGAAUAUUUGGCCAAGUGGAAUGCUAUUGAACCAAUAGAUGCAUUGGAAUUGUUGGAUCACAACUUUGGAGCCAGUUUUAUUAGAGAAUAUUCGAUAGGACGACUUAACCAACUCUCAGAUCAACAACUUUGUAACUAUCUUCUUCAAUUGGUUCAAACCUUGAAAUAUGAAAGUUAUCAUGACUCUUCACUUGCUAGAUUCUUACUCCAACGUGGUUUGAGAUCACCAAAUAUUAUUGGUCACAUUCUCUUUUGGCAUUUGAAGGCAGAAAUGUAUGUACCAUCUAUUAGAGAAAGACACGGUUUGAUUUUGGAAGAAUAUUUGAGAAAUUGUGGCUCUCACCGUAUCGCCCUGUUGCAACAAACAGGUGUACUUCAUCAAUUGAAUGUAAUUGCUGAGGGUGUUAAAAUAAUAGAUAAGGAAGAAUGUAAAGAAUAUGUUAAGACAUGUUUAGCAGAACUUAAACAUCCACCAAAAUUCAAAUUGCCACUCUCACCUCGUAUGGAAGUUAAGGGAAUUGAAGUUGAUAGAUGUCGUGUCAUGAGCAGUAAGAAGAAACCUCUUUGGUUGGUAUUCCAAAAUGCAGAUGCAACUGGUGACCCAAUUCAAGUCAUGUUCAAGGCAGGUGACGAUCUGAGACAGGAUUUGCUGACACUUCAAAUUCUUUCUAUUAUGGAUCAAUUGUGGAAGAAGAAAGGUCUGGAUCUUCACAUGAACCCAUAUGGUUGUAUUUGUACAGGAGAUCAACAAGGUUUUAUUGAAAUUGUCGUUGACAGUGACACUGUUGCUAAUAUUACUGCUGGUGAUACAGGAGGUAUUUCAGGAGGUAUUAAGGCUUUUACAAGUGCACCUCUUGAAAUUUGGUUGUUAAAGAAUAAUGGUGGAGUUAUUACUUCACCAGAUUAUGAGAAAGCUGUACAAAACUUUGCAUUAUCAUGUGCUGGAUACUGUGCUGCCACAUAUGUUUUAGGUAUUGGUGAUAGACACAAUGAUAAUAUUAUGUUAACUAGAAAAGGUGAUUUAUUCCACAUUGACUUUGGUCACUUCCUUGGUAACUUUAAAUCCUAUAAGGGUAUUUAUAAGAGAGAAACUACACCAUUCGUUUUUACUCCAAUGUAUGCCCAAGUUAUGAAAUCUUUUGAUUCUGAAAAUAAGGGAAAAUGUUAUUAUUCCACUUUUGAAGAGAAGGUUAUAGCUGCUUAUCAAAUUUUGAGAGAAAAUGGACAUCUGAUAAUGAAUCUUUUCCUUCUCAUGUUGGCUACUGGUAUUCCAGAAUUAACUUCAGUUUCUGAUAUCAAAUGGCUGCGUGAUUGUUUGGUUCUUGAUAAGUCACCAGAAGAGGCUGAACAACACUUUAGAGAUAAGAUUACAAAGGCUCUUGCAAACACAAAAUCCCAAUUCAACGACUUUGUCCACAUUGUAAAACAUAAAUAAAUAUAACCAUUUAAAUGUUAU